AUGGACCUCGGAAGCUGGACAACCCCCUUGGCUUAUGUCGGCCUGGCUUCGACCGCGUACAUUGCGUACAAAUUUAUCAGUUCUGCAGCUAUCUAUCUCCUGCCAUCCACCCUCAUCAAAACUCACAAUUGCUCAGGCAAGAAUUGGGCUCUGGUAACCGGUGCAACGGACGGAAUUGGGUUCGGAUUCUGUGAAGAAUUAUGUUCACGAGGCUUCAACGUCAUUCUGCACGGACGCAGUCGCACAAAGCUCGAGAAGAGACGAGGCGAGCUGCAAGCGGACUUCCCGUCUCGCAAGAUCGGGAUUGUGGUCCUAGAUGUCUGCGAACUGGCAGCGGGCAUGAAUGGGCUAGCGCAAGACGUGCAGGCCAUUUUGACUGCCCAUGGCGGCGAUUUAACUGUCCUGGUGAACAAUGUUGGCGGCGAGACCUCCCCGUAUACAUGCCUGGAUGGGCUCAGCUUCGAUAGCGCCAGACAGACGAUCGAGAGGAAUGCGUCCGCCACCUUGCAGAUUACACGCGAGCUCCUACCACUUUUGGUGGCCGGAGAGCGGGGUGUGAUAUUGAACGUCUCAUCCAUCUCUGCGUACGGAAUGCCUUAUAUCAGUGUCUAUUCAUCUACAAAGGGGUUCAUCAACACUUUCACUCGGGCUCUGGAAGCCGAGUGCAAGGCAGAGAAACGCAAUGUGGAUGUCAUCGGGCUGACCGUUGCUGAAGUCAAUACCCCAGGACACCCUGUGCCACCGGGCCUGUUUCGUCCAACCCCUCGAGUUCUCGCAUCUGCGGGCUUGAACCGCGUUGGCUGUGGGCGUGUGAUGGCGUUCGCGUAUUUCCCGCAUUGGAUUCAAGGGCUUUCUCUGGACGUGCUGCCCCGAUCAUUCAUGAUGAAGAUCACAGCGGAGAGGAUGCAGGCGUUACAGAAGGAAACGGAGAGGGCAAAUAAAAAGCAAUAA